AAAUUAUAUGAUUGCUACAGAAUAAUUCGAUUGUCUUCCAAUAGAAGAAGUAUCUUCUAUGUUGGGCUCAAUUUAAGUGAAAGUAUAUUUCAUUUUUAUAUUUAGGAAUAUCCAAUCUUUGAUGUUUAGAAAGGUGUGUUGACUAAAAAGAAAGUUAAAUAUCAUAAUUAUGAUGACGAAGAAAUUGAAAUUAAGUUUGAAUGUGAAUAAUCUUAAUAUUGUACAGCCAAUGAAAAGAUUGUUAAGAUUCCUCCAAAAGGUAUUAAUAAUAAUCUAUAUAAAGGACUUGAUUUCUUAAGAAUUAGAAUUUUAGUUCCAAGCAAUUGUUAAGAACAUUAGAUUACACUCACUGUUGAUGCUCAUGAUAAUCAUACUGGAUUGAUAAAGUAAAAGAUUGUUUUUAAAUUAAAUGUUGUGAAUCCAUGAGGAU